UAAAUAAUGUUGUGCUUAAUAUUUUGAUAUAUUUAGUAUCAUGUAUUGUGAAAAAUAUUUAAUUUAACAUUUUCCAUCUUUUAAUUCGAAUAUAACGCUAGUGUAAUGUAAACAAACAGACGGACGAGGAAAAUAUUGUUCUGAAAAAUCGUGUGGUGAGCAAGCAUUUUUUGGUUCAGUAAUAGUACAGUAUGGCUUCAGACGAAUUCUACAAGAAGCAGAUUGGAGCGAAGUUGAACAGAGAUAAAGUUAAAUUAUGGGAGCCACCAUACACCAACAAGGAUGGAGGUGCUGGGUCUAUUCCUCAGGAACUGAUAACUAAAUAUGCAGCAGAGAUAGGUAUCUCAGAGUCACAAGUUGCAGCGGUUCUAGAUACACUGAGAACACAUGCCUUACAGAAAUUAGCUGAGAGAGAAAAAUACAAAAGUUCGGGUCUAGCCACUCUGAAGAUUAAAAUAUCAGGAAGUCAGGGAACUAAACAAGUGAUGUCUGUGGAAAUCAGUCUGACAUGUAAAGGGGAAGAGCUGCGUAAGAAAGUCUGUGAUAGCUUGGAUGAUUCUGCCAGGCAUUUCAAGAUGAUUUGUUCAGGACGAGUGAUUGCUGAAGAUAAAACACUACAGGAGCAAAACAUCAGGAAUGGAAGUCAGAUUCUGGCCCUGUGUUUGAAAGUUUCGGAGACAGAGGCGCAGGCCGAGGAUAAAAUAUCAGCAGAGAUUCAAGACUUCAGACAUGCUGCAGAAUUACUCUCAAACAGAGCUGAGCAAGAAUAUGAUGAAAUGGACAUACAGAUUGCGGACCAGUCUGGUAAACCUAUACAGCUACCACCAGGAGAAAAGAGGGCAUUGACACUUGCUAUGGCACUUCAUGAGAAAGGGAGACAAGCCCUGAAGAAGAAGAAUGUGACCCUGGCCUUACCUCUCUUGCUGGAGGCAGAUAAAGAGUUCAAACAAUGUAGGGCAGAUAUUCUCAACUCUGUGGAUAACUAUGCCAUUCUGUGUUUGGAUAUAGUCUGGUGUUAUCUCUGUCUCAAACAUGUUGAAGAUCUCCCUGAUGCUGAGGAGAGAUUGAGAAACAGUGAGAAUUUCUUCCAGAAGAGCUAUGGUUCUGAUCUCCAGAGGCUCAUGGCAGUUAAGGGUUCAUCAGGGGAGGAGCUGGCAUUGUUUAUGAAGCUACAUUUGCUACAAGGAAUUGUUGCUUUCCACCAACAUAGAAUGGAAGAGGCUUCAAACUUACUGUCUAAGGCAGAGCAAGAGUUACAAAGAUUAGAUAUUGAUGAUGAUAAGAUAACAACAGUGAUGGCUAUGGGUUUCUCGGAGGGUGAGACGAGGCUGGGUCUGAGGGCGUGUGAUGGAAACAUACAGAAUGCUGUUGCACAUAUCAUGAAAAGACGCGAGGAAAAGAAAGAAAAUGCAAGAAAAAGGAGAGAAGAAAGACAUAAGAAAAAUCUCGAAAAACACCUAGGUAAAACAGCUGGUGGAAAACAUGUGAAUGUAGAUGUGUACCAGAUGUUACUAGGUAUGGGAUAUCCAAAAGGGGCCUCGGCCGAGGCUCUGAGGCAGGCAAACAAUGAUCUCAACCUGGCACUAGAGGUACUUCAAAAUCACCCAGAGUUCCUAAGCUUACCAGAUCCAGAACCAAAACCAAAUGUGAAAAUCACAGAUGCCAUGAUAGCUCAGGUAACAUCAAUGGGUUUUGAACCUGAGAUGGCUCAGAGAGCACUUGCCAAGCAUAAAGGUGAUGUACCUAAGGCGAUAGAGGAGCUAGUGAGCAGUGGUGGUGACAUACCUCCUCCAGCACCAGGUGACCAAAGUCCGAGCACUUCAUCAGGAUCCUCUGAUUCCACUACUUCAGGUACUUUGGAUUCCACUACUUUAGAAGAUUCAUCCAGUGAGAAGACUCCAGAACAGUUGAAAGAAGAAAAAGAAGCAAUCGACAGACUUGUUUCAGAUCUUCCAGAAGAUGAAGAAGAUUAUCUGGACAUUAGCCUUGAUGAAGAGAAACAAUUUCUACAGGAGUACAAGUCUCUCAUACUUUCUCUCCGAUCAUGAUUAACAGUUCGAUUAACAUUUUGAUAGACGAACAAUAUCAUCAGGCCAUAAACUUGUAGCAAUACAAGUCACUCAUUCAUGGUUCAGUGUAGAAUAUAAUAUUCUGAAAGAUUAAGACUUAAGUAACAGUCACAAUGAACUGUUGUAAAUAUCUUAAUUCUGGAAGAUGGAGAAUAUUUUCAGGAAUUAAGUAAACUGUACAAUUCUUUCAUACUUUCCCUCUAUUUAGAAUUAACUGUACAGUAUUGAUUACCACCUUCUUGAAGUAAAAGAAUAUUUUCUGAUGAAAUAAAUGAAAGUAAGGAUAUUUUUUCUGGACAGACUUCUUCACUAAUAGAAACAUUUUCUUCAAGGUUACAAAUCAUUCAUCCCCUACCAGUCUGACUUCACAUUUUCCUGUGAUUGAAGAGAAACAUUAUUUUCUGCACAGCAGUCUUAGAGUAGAGAAUAGUUUUCUUGUGGAAAACAUAUCUCUCUUUCAUUCCGUACAAUAAUCUUACUGUUCCAGAAUUCUUGAAGUUAAAGAAUACUUUCUGAUGG